AGUUCUGAAACACCCUGCAUAGAAAUAUGGUGAUAAACAACGGCGGCACCUCGGCGGGGGUAUGUUAACAACAUAAAAAAACGACCAGCCUAGGUAGUUUUUAGUGUGUUCAUCCCACGCUCGCUAUGACCGCUGUUAGUUGACGUUUAAGCAACACGUACAGCACAAAACGAGUUCACAAGGAGUGUGCAACAUCUUGUGCUAAGUGAACAUCUUAUAGAAAAACCUACGAAAUGUAAAAAAAACGACAAAAUGUUACUUUUCAAGAUACGUAGUACCCGUGCCGCUCUCAGAAAUGAGGAAUACAAUUCCUCGAUAGAUAAGUGAACCACGCCCAUUUUCACUCAGUUCAAGAAUUGAGCCCCAAACAGAUUGCCACGAAAUGAGAUUCCCUUCUCAAAUGCGUCUCUGGACGCCACAGGUUCAUGACACCACAGAUUAUAACACCGGUGAAUAGCUGGUUGCCUGAAAACUUUAAAACUGUGUUCCAUGGACAUUGAGGUACAAAAAGAGUUCAAGGAAUAAUUAUUGAAUUUAUAAUACAGGCCUAGAUUGAAUCGGAAAUUACAAACUGUGCUCAAAACGUUAUUUAUGACCGAAUUUUUCUGUUGAGUAUUUACCUAAUGAAGUGCUGAAUUAGCAGGUACAUGGAAAAGCCUGUGCAACCUUUUAAACGGAACCAACAACUGUCAGAUUGAGCUGUCACUCGCCAACUGAUUCACAGGGCGUUGUUUGCAAUUUUGUAUUUACAAUUUUCACAUAAAUAAAUAAAACCGUUGUUCAGCAGUUUACGCACUUCUCUGCCAAUUUUUACGUCUAUUAACCCCAAAAAUGAGGGACGAAGAGAAAAACAACUAUCCAAAAGCAUCAAAUUAUUUGGUAAAUGGGGCGCUCUUGACCUACAUUGCAGGGAUGUUUCUAAUUAUUGCCUUCUGCAGCCCUUAUUGGGUCAAGUCUUUCGAUGAAACCUUCUCGCAGUUCAAAAACAUGGGCCUGUGGGAGUACUGUUUUGAGCAAUUCCGAUAUCCGUAUUAUCAGUUUGACCACCCCUUUGAUGGUUGUCACCACGUUUUCAGCCAGGAAUAUUAUGUCAUCAGGGAAUGGUUGUUACCAGCUUGGUUGAUGACAGUCCAGGCUUUUGUAACAAUGUCCUUUCUACUGAGCUUUGGAUCCCAAGUAGUUAUGGCACUUCAGCUAUGCAGGUGGCCUUUGGAUUUUGUCUUGCAGUAUGAAUGGAUUUUGUCUGCUAUUAACUUUAUAUGUGUUACUACUACAACUGUCUUCAUGUUCCUGGCAGUGGCGAUAUUCGGUGGUUCCCACACCCGCCGUGAUUGGUUGAUGUACCCUAACUUCAAUUAUCUGUGUUGGUCAUAUGGUUUGGCCUGUAUUUCUUUCUUUUUCCAUGGUUUUGCAUCAGUCUUCCUUUACAAGGAAGCUCGUUUGAGUUAUGAGCGCAGGAAGGAGUCCAAAAAUCUGGUCAUGCAGAUGCACCCCAAUCCUCAGCAUCGCUUGGGAUGGUAGAUAGACGAGAAUAGGCUUAAAGGAGCCGAAAUGAUUCCCUGAUUCUUGGAAAUAGAUCUGACCUGAACCAUAUAAUUUUAUAGCAAACAGCCCACAUCCAUCCAAUUGAAAGUUGAACGAUCAUGAUAGUUUUAGGUAAACAACUUGUUAUCAAAUAUUUGUCCAGUAAAACAUAUUAUGUCACUAUAGAGGGAAGUAUGUGUUCUCAUCCGCCACAUAUCUUGCUUUAGGUAUUGUUGCAAAUUGGAUAUGCUGGCACUUUCUCAAAUUAGGUAUCUGUCAUGAUGACUGUUUAUUAUUUCACAAAUUGUUCUGUGGCUUUUGUAAACCUUGUUUCACACACGAGAACUACUGAUUGUUAUAUUGACAAUCUAGAGCAUAUUUCGUCUACUGCUCUGUUUGAGAAGCAAUCGUUUUCCAGCAUUCUCUGGAAUUGUUGAGGAAGAUGGCUGUCAAUUGCAAAGCAGAGGAGGGGGCAGCCCACAAGGGGCUCUGCCCACUUUGACAAAGAAUGAUCUACUAGAGCAUCAAUUAAUUUUUGAUAGUGUGAAUCAUAAUUUAAUAGUAGUAACUUCAAAUUGCUUUUAAUUACAAUUUGUAGAUAUUAAAUGCGGGCUUAUUUUGAAAUGACUACCAAAUAGCUAGAAAAAGUUAGCCAAAAAAAUUUUGAGUUAGCCUCAAAAUAACGUCCGCUUUUACUCUAUGUCAACAAUAAAUCUGAUACUUGAUACAUAUCACUAUCGCGUACCGCAUUUUAAGAGUCCAUUUAUUUUUCUAUGGGUGUUUGAUUUGGAAAUGUGAUGUCAUAAUACUGUGGGAGCAAGUUAUAUUUUUGUAGUGUCAUUUAAUCUUCAAUUAUCCAUUUUAAAGUUUCUAUACUGUUAUUACAGAUUAUUUCUUUUCGUAAAAAUGUGAACAUUUGACAUAAUCAUUAUGUACUUUCAUGAAGCAUUAUAUAUGAUGGCCUUAUAAUUAUUGUAUUUUUAUAGUUAUAGAUUUUGCAUUGUGCCUAUGGUAAUUAAUUUUAAACGAAAAUUGGAUUAUUUUCGGAGAUCUGCAAUUUAGUAUUAUUAGCAAAUUUUUGUAUGGUUGAUUUGUAUUGUUACAAGCAUUGUGCCUCUGUUAUAAUAUUAGUAUUAAUUUGUUUAUACUUAUGUUAUAUUUUGGUGGAAAACCCCGUUAUUGCAUGCUGAAGGUAUUUUUAUACAUUUCUAGUGUAACUAGAGCGCUAAGUCCGUCCACAUAUAUUUGACUGUUUUUCGCACUAAUACAAUUUUUUAAUAUAUGUGCUUAAAGUCA